AGUUGUAAUACCUGUGAUAUUGACUCGACUAAAACACAAUGCAAGUCAUCAUGAUUGCUCGCUUAUAUGCCAUGUAUUUGGGAUCUAGAAUGAUGCUCAUUUUUCUUCUUGUUAUCUCUUUGGCUGUUAUCAUUGCUUGCGCAGUAAUUGGAUCAAUAGCAAUCAAGGACACUGUAGCGGAGGAGCUAAUUCUCUCUGGCAGGUACAUGUGCGAUUACAAAUAUGAAGGGGACAACCAACUUCUGUAUUUGAUGUUUUGGAUGAUCUACACUGUUUGGGAGGUCCUCGCACUGUGUCUUUCAGUCUGGAUUACCGUAAAACACUUCCAUGGCCCGCGACGACUCCGCCCAUCGAUAGGAUCAACAACCGGGGACUUUUUCAGAGUGCUGAUAAGAUCUCACAUGCUUUAUUUUGCAAGCUUUGUUUGCCUCUCUUGCCUCGAGCUUGCUAUUUACUCUGCAGAGCUCAUGGUGCGCCGACCUGUCGCUGACGUCUGCUUGUAACCACUGCUCAUCAUUUCUGUAGAAUACAGAUUCUA